AACUUCACAAAGAAUGGAGUUUUGAGCUCGGUGCCCCCAGGGUUACCUCCCAGCGGGAAACCCUGAGGUAUCUUGUGCCAAACUUGGGGGUAGGAUUUUGCGACCUUGAAUUUCGGGAUGCGAAGUUUUUACGGGAGGCUUGAGUGUUGGUGACCACAUUGAUUAGUCGGAACAUGCGCGGAUGGCCAACGCACGGCGCGGAAUGCGCGGAACGCGCGGAAGGACAAUAAGGCGCUCAAUGGGGGGACGGGGAAAGCGCGGCGGAGCGUUGGCGCUCUGGCUCUUGGCGGAAAGUGGGCUCUUUCUCCUCUUGGCGCACCAGGCGGAAAGCGCGGCGGCGCAUGUUGCGCUCAGCUCUCCGGCCGGCAUUGCGCGUGGUGGCUACUCCAUACAGCGGGCGCACCCCCCCCACAAUUCGCCCGCACACCUUAACCCUCAUACGCGCGCGCUGCUCUCAACACGCGAAAUCGCGGAGAAGGGCGGCAGAGGCGGAAGCGACCCCCGGACAUGGGCGGAAGGGGAGGGGGAGACGGUUGGGCGAGUGGGGGAAAUGGAGGCGGAACUUGAGGGGGGGAAACCUGGAGUGGCGGGAGGAGCGGGGGUGGGGGCAGCAGUGGGGGGAGAAAGAGGGGCCGGGGGGAUCGUAACAGGGGGAGAAGUGAGAGGAGGGGAAGGGGAGGGAAAGGAUGGUACAACAGAGAUUCGGCAGGACUGGGGCCAGGUCAUAUCCUUCAAGCAGAAGAGCGACCACCUCAAGGCGCUCAAGGCGCAGGGCCGCUGCAAUGCGCACCCCAAGCUCUUCCGCACGUGGCUGUGGGAGAGCGCCUUCCAGGAAGGCUCUCUGGCGUGGGUGCCGCAGCCCGGGAAGCACAUUCUCAUGGACUGCCAGCGGAGCCAGGUGAGCAACCGCAUAGGCUGCAUGCGGCGGCACCUUCUCCUGGCCGGCCUGCUCAACCGCACACUCGUGGUGCCCCUGCGCCCCAGCGAGGUCACCCGCUUCUACGACCGCCGUGCCUUCCUGCACCUGCCACACCUGCAGGGGUGCUAUGGGCCCCGGUCCGUCAUCUCCCUGGACCAGCUUCGGCAGGAGGUUCGGAUGAAGGCGAAUGAGGGCGGAUUGAGAGCAGCAUUGGGACGAGCAAAGGGGGAGGCGGGGAGAGGUGAGAAUGAGGAGUCAGGGGAGGGGGAGGAGGAGGAUGAGAGUGAGGGGGAAGGCAAGGUGAUGGUGCAGCAGGUGGCAUGCCCCUACGAGGCAUGCUACAUGCAGCCCUGGGCGAACAAACCCUCUGUGCUGCCGGACCUAGAGGGCGUGGUAUACCACAACAUGACAUGGACGGCGCUCAACAUGCCCCUCUCCCACCUCUUCACACUCUCCGACCUCCGCACCCUGGGAAGCGUCAUCCUGCCCUCAGCUGACGUGGUGCUGUUUGGAGACUCCUACCAAUGGAACCUUCAUGGAAACCUCUCAAAGAGUGUGGGUCUGCCGUUUAGGCCUAGCGCUAGCGGGUUGGAAGGCUCCACGUGUGCGAACAAGCUGGCAGUGCAGCCGCACCCAGCCAUCCUUGAAGCCGCCUUGGGAUUUGUGCAGCAUGUCAUCUGGACCCCUUCGGGCUCCUCCGCUUCCUCCUCUCCCUCCCCCACUGCCUCUUUGCCUGGCGUUCCAGCGGCAGCAGCAGAAGCCGAUGCUGCCUCAAUUAUUUUCACUGCUGCUGUUGCUGCAGCAGGGGCGGCUGGUAAGGAGACUGGGUCAAAGCAACAGGGCACAACUACCAGCAGGAUGAGUGUGAUGGGGAGUGCAGGGGAGCCGCAGCUGCAGCCGCAGCGGUAUCUGGCAGUGCACUGGCGGCGGGGGGACCUCCUAAUGCUGUAUCAGGAAAUUCUGGCCCUUUUAACGGCGGAGACUUCAGGGAGGUGCAUUGGGGAGAGGACGUUGAGGUCUGGAAACAUCUCCACGGUGUUUCUGGCGACGGAUGCCGAUGAGAAGGAGGUGGGGGAGCUGCAACGAGCCAUUCGGCACCACGUGCCUGGUGUGAAAAUUGUGCAACUGCCCGAGGUUUUGAAGGGGGAGGUAUGGGCAGAGGUGCUUGAACCGUUUCGGUUCCAGAACCAACCAUUGCUCAGGGCGACCCUUGACAAGGCUGUAUGUGCGUUUGCUGAUGUCUUCAUGGGCACGCCUAGGUCUUCGUUCUCGACUGAUAUUGAGAGGCUAAGAACUGGGUUAAAAAUAUCAACAUGUGAAGAUGAGUACAUUUGUGAAAGCAUGUUGAGUUGAUUUGAAAUUGUUUUGUUAAUAUAUUCACAGCUACUGU